AUGCGUAAGGAAUACACAAAAUUAAUUCAAGAUCAACUCGAUGACGGAAUUGUUGAAGUAUAUCAAAAUAAAGAUUUCGAAUCAGGCUAUUAUAUGCCCCAUAGAACAGUAAUGAGACCAGAUAAAGAAACUUCUCGUGUUAGAAUUGUUGUCGAUGCGUCAUGCAAAGGAAAAGAUUCUAAAUCCUUAAAUGAUCUGUUACAGGUUGGACCUAAUUUAAAUCCUAACAUAUUAGAUGUUAUUCUUAAAUUUCGAGAACACGAUAUCGCUUUUUCCGUUAAUAUAGAACAUGUAUUUCUAAUGAUAAGUAUUGCCGAGGAAGAUCGCAAGUAUUUAAAAAUUUUUUGGUUUCAGAAUGACAACAGUGAAUCGCUCAAAAUUAUGAACAUGACACGUUUACCAUUUGGUAUUAGUACCAGUCCAUUCAUUCUAGCAGCCACAAUAAAGCACCAUAUUAAAAAAUACAUCACUAAAUAUCCUGAAAGUUAUGAAAUGUUAAAUUCAUCUUUAUAUGUCGAUGAUUUAUAUUAUGGAACGACCUCAGUGAAUGAUAGCCUUGUAAAAGAAAAGAGAAGUGAAGCCCUGAGCUUCGAUGAUCAGCUAGCCAUGCCUGGGGCAGCUGCAGAAGGACAGGGAGAUGGGGAGGACUCAGGAUCAAUUGUAACAUUUUCAGAAGAAGUUGCUGCUAUAGGAAAUUUAGGGAUGUCUUCUAUUUUAGAUGGAGAUG